AUGGCUGAAAACGCACCAAUGGAGGUCGACUCUCCCGCCACAAAGCAGCCUCGCUUCCAGGUCAAAAAGUGGAACGCUGUCUGUCUCUGGUCUUGGGACAUUGUUGUCGACAACUGUGCCAUCUGCAGAAAUCACAUCAUGGACCUAUGCAUCGAAUGCCAGGCCAACCAGGGCUCGGCUACCACCGAAGAAUGCACCGUCGCUUGGGGUCAAUGCAAUCACGCCUUUCACUUCCACUGCAUCUCGCGCUGGCUCAAGACACGCCAAGUCUGCCCACUCGACAACAGAGAAUGGGAACUCCAAAAGUACGGCCGUUGA